CACUACUUUGUUUACUGCACUAGCUAAGAAGAAGCAUUAUUAUGAAGUGAUUUCGCUAUAUAAGCUGUUGAAUUCAACUGGGUUGUCUCCAGAUUUUAUGUCUUUGAAUAUUUUGAUGAAUUGCUUCUGUAAUAUUGAAAGGGUUUCUGAUGGUUAUGCGGUUUUUGGGGCGAUUUUGAAGUUGGGUUUUAGCCCAAAUGCCGUGACUUUUAAUUGUUUGAUUAAAGGUCUGUGUGUAGAGAGAAAGAUUAUGGAAUCAAUGGAAUUGUUUAAGCAAAUGAUUGCUGUUGGUUGUAGGGCUAAUGUGAUCACUUGCAACACUUUGAUUGGUGGAUUGUGUAAAACAGAGAAAAUAAGUGUUGCCAUUAAGUUGCUUGAAGAGAUGGUUAAUGGGAAUAAAGAAUCUGGUGUUAUUUGUAGGCCAGAUGUUGUUACCUAUAGUAUUAUAAUUGAUGGUCUUUGUAAGGCUGGAUUGGUUGAGAAGGCUAGACAACUAUUGUUGGAACAUAUGAUUCAGAGAGGUGUGGUUCCUAACAUUUAUACUUUCACCAUUUUGAUAAACGGUUAUUGCUUGGCAGAUAGAAUUGGUGAUGCAAGGGAGUUGUUUGAUUCUAUAACUAGAAAGGGGUAUAGGCCUGAUGUUGUUUGCUACUCUACUUUAAUCAAUUGGUAUUGCAAGAAUAAAGAAGUCAAUGAAGCUCUUAGUCUUUAUCGAGAGAUGAUUUCAGAAGGAAUUAGGCCUGAUGUGAUUACAUAUAACACCUUGUUAACUGGCUUUUUUCUUAUAGCUAAGGUGAAAGAUGCACGGAAUUUAGUUGGUGAGAUGCGACUUAACGAUGUUUUCCUUGAAUCCUGGACAUAUAACAUUUUCAUUGAUGGACUUUGCAAGAAUGGAUGUGUUUUGGAAGCAUUGGAAAUGUUUAAAACUCUAGUAAUUAAUAAGUUUGCAGUUAGCAUUGAAGGUUUGAGUUCCCUCAUAGACGGACUAUGUAAAACAGGGAGAUUUGAAACUGCUUGGGACCUAUUUCAGAAGUUUUGUCUUCGUGGAAACCUGGUGCCAUAUGUUGUAACAUAUAACAUUUUGAUCAAUGGGCUGUGUAAAAAUGGACAACUAGAAAUGGCACAUGAGUUCUUGUCAUAUAUGGAGGAAAAAGGUUGUGCUCCAAAUGUAGUCACAUUUACUACUCUUAUGUUUGGUUUCCUCAAGAAUAAUGAGAUACCAAAAGUUGUUGAAAUCCUUCAUAAGAUGGUGGAGAGAAAUGUGAAGCCGACUGAAUGUACAAUGUCCUUAGUCAUGCAGUUACUAAUGAGGGUCGAAAAUUAUAGUGAAUGUUUGAACGAGCUUCCUCAAUUUCCGGUCCAAAAGCGAAAUUGAAGUUUACGUGAUAAAACUUUAGCGAGUAUUAAACUUUUUUUUGGAGUAGAAUCCUGCAAAAGUUCACCUAGCUGCCCAAACGCUCUAUAUUGGUUACGGUAAGCAGAAGGCUCAGUAAACACUUUUAUCUGUUCGAAUUUUAUAGGGAUGGUGAUGGGGAUUAUUGAGAAUGAUAGCUUUCCUGAUCAGACAUACGAUACGUGAUCUGUCCCUGUUGUAAGUACGUAUAUUGGAGGUGGCAGCAUUGCUGGUUGCUUUUGGAUUUGCACAUGUAGUAGAUCUUAAGGGUUUGAGGAUUAUUUUUGGUGUAAAUUUCAGUAAGCAAAAGUUGUAUAUGAGGAAUUGUGGAAUGUUUCUUACUUCAACUAUGACAAUAAUGGUAGCCGCUCAAGUUCAUCUAUUAGCUAAUCAGUUUACUGGACAAUGUUAUGCACGAGCAUGUGCUUCUUCAGCGAUAGUUGAUGAAGACAAAGCAAAAAGAGCAUUAGAAAAUUUUUCCCUAGAAUAUCUUAAAGAAUAUGGAUGCACAAUAGGGGCCGGUCAAUGGGAUCUACCUGUUGGAACAGUUAAAAUGACAACAUUGCAGUUGAGAAAAAUAUGGUCUGGUGUUAAAUGUGCAGUUGCUGUACGAUGAUCGUGGAGAUUUGGUCGAUAUGGGAUUUCAAAUUGCCAUUGAAAUCUAUGAAGCAGCAUGGUCUGAAAAUGCACUCGUUUAUUCUUUCUAAACUCCUGAAGCUUGGACCACCAUUGAUUGUUUUCGAGAGCUAAAUUUCAUGCAUUCGUUGGACAUAUGGGCAAUGGACUCUUACAAGGCCAAAACGUUGUAGGAGUGGGAUGAAACCAAUAAUAAAUGAAGAAUGUCUGUGUAGAUAUCAUGCAGGAUUCUGCAAAGUUGCUCACCUUCUAAAGGUAUCGGAUGAGAAAACACUUAAAGGUUUUUUACAGUCACUCUUGUAUUACACUUGCAAGAAGAUGUUUCCAUAAUUGAUUGGUUCUUGUGACUUAUGCAAUUUUAU